UUCGGGCUGCAGUUGCUAUGUCAGGAAGAGGUAAGGGUGGCAAGGGCUUGGGUAAGGGUGGUGCUAAACGCCACCGCAAAGUCUUGAGAGACAACAUCCAAGGCAUCACUAAGCCGGCCAUCCGGCGCCUCGCUCGGCGUGGAGGAGUCAAGCGGAUCUCCGGCCUCAUUUACGAGGAGACUCGCGGUGUGCUCAAGGUGUUCUUAGAGAACGUCAUUCGGGACGCGGUCACCUACACCGAGCACGCCAAGCGCAAGACGGUUACCGCUAUGGACGUGGUGUAUGCCCUCAAGCGACAGGGACGCACCCUGUAUGGCUUCGGAGGCUAAGCUGCCGCUUCAGCUCUACGUGUAUCUACGCUAACGGCCCUUUUUAGGGCCAACCAUCUUGUCUUCAGAAGAGCUGGACGUUUGGGUAGGGUUUGGGGGCCCUUGCUUUUGGGAGUUGGUGCUAGAGCCGGGUCAGGCUUAGUGGGAGGUAAUGGUCCCUGAAGCGCUAACCACCCUGAACCCAUAGUCGUUCACUAAACUUCCUUUUAUCUCUUGGGCUCCGUUUUGGUUUUUAAGUCCUAAAAUGUUCCGGAUCUAAGUAUUAACGUUUACUUUCGGGUACGCUGUCAUUUGUGACUGCUGGGCUGGGGAAAGUAGAGAUCCGCGAAGCCGAAGGGUAAGGUCGCGUCUUCGUCUCUAUUCCGCUACGUUCGCUUGGGCAAGGGGAAGGCAGCCUACUGGCCUGCAAUCCAGAGAUGCCCGUUACGCCGUUGGAUGGUUUGAAGCUUCAAGUCAACUAUUGGGUUUCACUUUCUACCUCUACAGCAAGAGGGUGGGGACUAGGUGGCUUAGGGGCCCUCUUCAUAUUGGACGGUGUUUUGUAAUCUGUAUUCUUACCCAAACGGUGCGAGAGCACAAGUCCGGUCAUCAACCAUCCAAAAAUCAAGAGAAAUCUGGGUUACUAGAACAGAUGAGCUCAUUAGUGCAGUUUUAAAACAAGCUUGGCAUAUUAUCUGCUGAGUACUUUUUUUAAAUGCUGUAUCUAAGAGAGAAUUUAAAAGAUAACUAUUUCAGUGAAAACAUUGCAAAGAUACAGAUGCAUCUUCUAUAAAGGCCAAGCAAACUAUAUAAUUUAACAUCGUGGAAGCAAGUCUUCCGGAAACAGUUAAUUCAGGUAUGUGACUUUUUCUGUUAGGGCCUGUUGUAGACACCUCUAGGAAUAUACCCAUCAAUACAGAAAGCACAAUUUUUGACAAAGCAACUUGUUCUAGAUUAGCGGGGUUAAGAACACGGUAAGCCAUUCUCUGCACUACCACUUCAAAUUGUCCUGAUUUGGACCGAAAUGUAGGUAGGUCCACUUUGCUUAUCCUUAAACCUAAUUAUAGUUUUGUAGCUAUUAUAUUUGCAAGUAGAAAUUUUUUUCAGCAUUCUAGGCUUAUAGUUUUACAGAUAAAUUUGGCUAUGUAUGUCAUUGAGAGAAGAAAUACUAUGUCAGCUCCCCAGAGAUGAGCUAGCUCUUUAUUGGUCUCCACACUUGUUUGCUCUCAUUAGCGACAAACACUUGAAAGUGAACCAGGUGUAAAACAUCUAGCCAGAAUGCCAAAGAAUGAGAGAUUUGUCCUCUCAGAGCUUAUCAGAAUGGGGAGGAAAAAUACAUAAAAUACAUAUUAUCCUUACAUAUGGAGAUGCCAGAAUGCCAAAGAAUGAGAGAUUUGCCCUCUCAGAGCUUAUCAGAAUGGGGAGGAAAAAUACACAAAAUACAUAUUAUCCUUACAUAAAUGGUGGAAUAGCACACGUAGCACCGGUUCAGUAGGAUGAGAAGUGUAGACAAUAAUUACCAUGGGAGUCCUAACACUACAAAAGUCACUGGCUGCUGGGAGAUGGGAAAUCUUGGCUAUGGAGGUGGGGCUUGUGGCAAGUAUCACUGUGUUUUUGUUUGUUAAUUUUAAAGGCAAUGAAGAUUGAAUAUAUCUGAUCCUCACUGAACUACUCUGGGGGAGGAGAUAGCAAAAGUUCAAAGAACUUAAUAAUGGAAGGGGGUAGGGAACAUGUCCUUUGUCUAAACUAGAGGUUCUCAAAGUGUGAUUCUCAAAAGUGUAGUCGCUAAUCUAGGAACAUCAGAUCACCUGGGAACUUGUUAGAGACGCAAAAUCUUGGAUCCGCGCCAGACUUGCUGAAUGAGAAAUUCUAGGGAGUGUGUCCUAGCAAUUUGUGUUUUAACAAACCCUCCAUGUGAUUAUGAUACCCAGUUUGAGAACCACUGGUCUAUGUAACAGUUUUUCUUUAAAUGAAACUAAAGUAUUUAAAUCUGAAUAUAUAUUGCCCUAAUUUGUUUACCCAAAUGUUAAAUUUUGCUUGCUUUGAAUGGAAACACACACACACACACACACAAAAUACUAGAUGAAUGAUCCUAGUAAAUUUUCUGUAGUGCAAAAUAUUACAGAAGGAAAAGGUAAAACAGCUUAUUUCCUCAAAGCAUUUGAGACAAACAUAAAAGAUGUAUGAAUGAAAAGUGUAGCCAGCUUGUUUCCUAAAUAAUAUUGGUUUGUGUUUUAAUAGUAUUGAAUUUUGUAACCAAUGGAUAUGUUUCUUUUUUCUUCUCAAGUUUCUUUAAGCUGUGGUCCUUUGCCUAUUAAUUAUGCAUCUUAUUUACAGUGAUUUUAAUAGUGAUCCUUGUUGGGAAGCCUGGGUGGCUCAUUUGAUUAAGCGUCUGCCUUUGACUCAGGUCGUGAUCCCAGGGUCCUGGGAUCGGGUCCUGCGUGGGGCUCCCUGCUCCAGCUGGGAGUCUGCUUCUCCCAC